GUUUAGUGAAUGUGUUGUUCCAGUCGGAAUAUUUUUGUCGGCGCACCAGGGUCUUGUUCUUCAGGUAACGGAGAGGCAGUCUGGUCAUGGAGUUUGCUGAGCUGAUAAAGACCCCCCGGGUGGAUGGGGUGGUCCUCCAUCGUCCCUUCAUGCCCACCGUAGAGGGGACCCUGUGCCUCACCGGACACCACCUCAUCCUCUCCUCCAGGCAGGACAAUACAGAAGAGCUGUGGCUGCUUCACUCCAACAUCGACUCCAUAGAGAAGAGGUUUCUUGGGUCUCUAGGAACUAUCAUUGUCAAAUGUAAAGACCUGAGGAUGAUCCAACUAGACAUUCCCGGCAUGGAGGAGUGUCUGAACAUCGGCAGCUCCAUUGAGGCUCUCUCCACACUUGACUCCGUCUCCCUGAUGUACCCCUAUUUUUACCGGCCCAUGUUCGAGGUGAUUGAGGAUGGCUGGAACUCAUUCCUCCCAGAAGAUGCCUUCAAAGACCUAGAGGCCAUGACUGACGAGUGGCGCCUGAGCGAGGUGAACCGGGACUUCAGGGUGUGCACCACGUAUCCCCCGCUGGUGGCUGUGCCCAGGGAUGUAGACGACGACACUCUUAGGAAAGCGGCCGGGUUUCGCCACGGCGGUCGCUUCCCAGUGCUUAGUUACUACCACAAGAAGAACGGAAUGGUGAUGAUGCGGUCGGGGCAGCCUCUGACCGGCACCAACGGGCGGCGCUGCAAGGAGGACGAGAGGCUGAUCAACGCCACGCUGCGGCCGGGCAAGCGCGGCUACGUCAUCGACACGCGCACCAUCAGCGUGGCCCAGCAGGCCAAGGCGCGCGGGGGGGGCUUCGAGACGGAGGCCAACUACCCCCAGUGGAGGAGGAUCCACAAGGCCAUCGAGAGGUCCAACGUGCUCCAGGACAGCCUGGUCAAGCUGGUGGAGGCCUGCAAUGACCAGUCCCACAGCAUGGACCGCUGGCUCAGCAAGCUGGAGGCGUCCAACUGGCAGACCCACGUCAAGGAGAUCCUGACCACCGCCUGCCUGGCCGCGCAGUGCAUCGACCGGGAGGGUGCGUCGGUGCUGGUCCAUGGGACGGAGGGGACGGACUCCACUCUGCAGGUCACCUCCCUGGCCCAGAUCAUCCUGGACCCGGCCUGCAGAACCAUACAAGGCUUCCAGGGGUUGGUGGAGAGGGAGUGGCUCCAGGCGGGCCACCCCUUCGCCCAGCGCUGCUCCAUGUCGGCCUACUCCAACAGCAAGCCGCGCCACGAGGCGCCGGGGUUCCUGCUGUUCCUGGACUGCGUGUGGCAGGUCCUGCGGCAGUUCCCCUGCUCCUUCCAGUUCACCGAGCAGCUGCUGGUGCUGCUUUUCGAGCACGCCUACGCCUCCCAGUUCGGCACCUUCCUGGGCAACAGUGCGGCCGAGAGGGUCAGGCUGUCUCUGCCUGAGAAGACGGUGUCUCUCUGGUCGUGGGUGAACCGGCCCCAGGAGAUCGACCACCUGAGCAACCCGCUGUACGAGCCCAACAGCCUGGUGAUCUGGCCCUCGGUGGCCCCCCAGAGCCUGCUGCUGUGGGAAGGGGUGUUCCUCCGCUGGAACCGCUCGCCCCGCUGCCAGGAGGAGGCCCACGAGGAGAUGGUGCACAUCAUAGAGUACAACAAGGAGCUGCAGAACAAGGUGAACAGCCUCCGCAGACAGCUGGCCCAGCUGGAGACCCAGGAGCCCCCGUUGCAGACCCCCUGAGGGGGAGACCGUGAUUGAGGCCACAGGCCUUAUAUUAUAAGGGGGAGGGCAAUUAUUUUUCCUAUUUCCGUGCAUACCAAUUAAGGGAAAUGCCAUUGUAAUGCGUAAAUAUUUGUGUUAUGCCUUAUGGAAAGCUUUAUGUAAUUGUUUACGAGGUCGUAUGACAACGUGAUAAGAAUUUACGUUUUCUGUUGACAUACUUUUCCCAUGUGGAAUAUGUGCACUGGAAUUUUGUGUUGAAGCUUAAUUUUCUUUUCCAUAAACACAACUGAGUUGUUAUUAAUAACAGAUUUGUUUAGCUUACACUUUUUUUUUUAUGCUACAGCAAAAUCACCGUGGGUGUAAAGCAUGAGCGAAUCAUUCCAAAUAUGCUUGUUUAUUCUGCUUGAUUUACCAAAUCAGACUGAAUGCGUACAUGCACAGACAGACACGCUUAGAAAACGCAUACAUCCUCUGCCAGAUUGCCAAUUUUUUUAUGUCUGCCAGGAGUACGAAAAAGCCAUCACACUAAAAAUAGCAUACAGUCCUAACUAAAUAAAAAGCUGCUUUGUUCUAGCUUGUAGCGUUUAGACAGUCUAGCAGCGCUGUGGGAGAAUAUAGCUGAUACUGGUCUUAUGUAUUUCAGGGGACUGAAAAACCUUUAACAAUUGCACAUUUUAUGUUAUUUUUGGGGUACAUUGUGGGGGUAGGGGGAGAUGAAAGAUAUCUUCUUUUUCUUAUUAUUUCAAUCAUGAAACUCUGACUUCGUCAGAAAUCUCUAAUGUUAAUAUAUAUAUCCUCAUAAAAGACUGCUUUAUGCAAGGUCAAAGAAUUGUCCUUUAAAUGGCUAUUGUUACUCAAUGAAAUCAUUUUGCAUUAUUAAAACAAUCUAUUUCAAACAUGA